UAAAACAACUUGUCUACUUACCCAAUCCAUAAGUUCAAUGGACAAAGUAAAAAUGAAGUAUUCUCUUUUUGUUGUAAUAAUCCUUUCGGUGUCAGCUGCUGUGUCGAUAGUGCAAGGUGCAGGAGUAGGUGAAGAAAUUAAAUAUACCAUUCAGGAGUUACCACCGCUUUACAACUUCGAUGAUUACGAUUUAUGCUUCUUUAAUAAGACAUCUGCUUUGUCAUCCACCUAUUGUAUGGUCUACGCCGAGGUGCAGCCAGAUAACUCCUCUCAGCUAUGGGAAAAAAUAGAAGUGCAUAAUAGGCACAGGUUUCAUUAUCAUCAUGACAAAUUAUUCUUUGGCUUGUGUGUGGAGAGAUGUUUAAACUACAUUAAAUCAACGGAUGAUUUUAACUCUAAUGACAAUACAGAAGUAUUAGAUAGAGAGGUGGUUCAAUUUUUUCAAACAGUUCACAAACGACCCCUGGAUAUUGAAAUGCGCUCAAAUUAUUCUACAAUGAUUCAAAGAUGUUUAAAUGAGGAGUUCGAAAGGAAGUACGAUUUAAAAUUAAAAACUUUUAUUGAAUAUUGCGAAAGAAAUCCAGAUGCUGAACAAUUCGAGAAAGAUGUCGCUGAGGACAUACUCUACAGGAUUGUAAAAUUGGUGUUUCUGUUGGUCAUUUUCUCAUCGUUUUACGAUUACUAUUUAAAAACUCAUCAAACGGAGAAAAAUGGAACUAAUGAUUUCUACAAAAUCAACUAUAAGGAAAUAGGGCCGCGUGUCUUGACAUCAUUUUCAAUACCUCGCAAUUAUUAUCGUCUCGUGCAGCCCUGUCAUGGCAUUAUUGGCAAUGAGUUUUCUUAUCUUGAUGGCUUUCGUUCAGUAUGCACUUUAAUGGUGCUGCAAGGGCAUACCUUCUACAUGGAAUUUUUACAUCUUCAAAAUCCCGAAUAUUUUGAGAAUAUUGCCAAGACUAAGUUGGGUCUAGGCAUUCUCAAUACAUCAACCAUAAUUGAGAUAUUUAUGGUAAUGAGCGGUCUAUUGUUCUAUGUCAAAUUCAAUGAAGGGCGAUAUGUGAAUCCUCAAACAAGCUGGAGGAAAUGUAUUCAACUCUUUGCAAUUAUUGUAACUGGCCGUUUGCUUAGAUUUCUACCAUCUGUGGCAUUGACUAUUUUAAUCAAUGCCACUGUUUUAAGCAAAUUAACAGAUGGACCUUUUUGGCGUCACAUCAGCGAACCUAGUCGAGUCUUUAGUCGAGAAAAUUGGUGGCAAAAUAUUUUUAUGAUCAACAAUUUCACCCCAAGACAUUCGGUUAGUGGACACACCUGGUACAUAGCAGCCGAUUUCCAGCUAUUUGCCUUCUACACCAUGGUGCUGAUAUUCAUUUUCAAAUAUCCACAGUACAAAAAACGAGUAUUGGCUACAUUAUCCUUCCUAGCUGUGUUCAUACCAACGAUGGUCAGUUACACUUUUAAAUUGGAACCAUCUUUUAUGAUAAAACCAGAAGCCUAUAGAUAUGGGUUUUUCAAGGACAUGAAGGUAUUUGGAUAUUUAUACAUACCCUUCUACACCAAUAUUGGUGGUUAUCUCUUUGGAAUUUUGUGCGGAGAGUUAUAUGUGAAGUACCUUAGCAAGGAUGAGAUCAGACGUAAGGUUCGUGGUGUACUCAAAUAUGAACUGGGUGCAUGGGUAACUCUUCCAAUUGCCUGUGGCAUAUCGUUAUUGGGAACCAUUGCCAUCUUUCAGCAACCAUCCAUAUGGACUGCUCUAUUCAGUGGUCUUAAUCGCAACUUAUGGAUAAUCUUCGUAUGUGGCAUUCCCGUGCUUGGUAUGGCUUGCAAGGGAGGAUUGAUGGCCUAUGAUUUUUGCUGUUUGCCCAUAUUUCGGGUGUUGGCGCGUUUAUCAUUCCAAAUGUAUUUGUGGCAUGUCUUAGUCUUACAGAUCGCCAAUGGUUACCAGCGCCAGCCCCAUCACAUGACACACAUGUAUUUCAAUGGCCAAGGCAUGAUCACCGUAUUCAUGUCAAUAAUUGUGGCAUUUUUCGCAUGUCUGCUGGUGGAGUAUCCAAUAGCCCAAUUGUUCGAUACAUUGAUGGCCAGUACAAAAAGACGGACUUUAGAGGGGGGAAAAGCGAAAAAGUGUAUCUAACUUGGAUAAUUAAAAGAAAUUGGAAAUAUGUGCGUAGUUUAAGUCCACCAUUGUUAAUUUUUGCUUUUUUAAUUUUAAAUAAACUGAUUUAAAAAUUUAA